GUGGGUUUUGACUAUGAAGGAAAAUGUAGUAUAAGAUGGCGAGAGACAUCAUGCCAUUUGUUUUGUAGCAUACCAACACAUUCGUUCAAUUCUGCCCAUCAUGAAAGGCUCAGCCACUCUAGCUUUUGCGCUCGUUCAAUUCAGUGCUGCUUCGCAGCUCGUUUGGCCCUCAAAAUGGGAUGAGGUCGAAGAUCUUCUGUACAUGCAAGGAGGAUUCAACAGGAGAGGUUUCGCUGAUGCUUUAAUAACUUGCGAGUUUGGGAGCAAUGUCCCCGGAACCCAGAACACGGCCGAAUGGCUCCGAACAGCUUUCCACGAUGCCAUUACACACGAUGCCAAAGCGGGAACAGGUGGUUUGGACGCGUCCAUCUACUGGGAGUCUUCACGACCCGAAAACCCCGGGAAAGCCUUCAACAAUACCUUCGGGUUCUUCAGCGGCUUCCACAACCCCCGCGCUACUGCUUCCGAUCUCACAGCCCUGGGAACUGUUCUCGCCGUUGGAGCUUGUAAUGGCCCCAGGAUUCCCUUCCGAGCUGGCCGUAUCGAUGCAUACAAGGCUGGCCCAGCUGGUGUUCCCGAGCCUUCGACAAACCUAAAGGAUACCUUUGCUGCUUUCACAAAGGCUGGUUUUACUAAGGAGGAGAUGACUACUAUGGUUGCUUGUGGUCAUGCUAUUGGCGGCGUGCAUAGCGUUGACUUUCCUGAGAUUGUUGGCAUCAAGGCUGAUCCCAACAACGAUACCAACGUGCCUUUCCAGAAGGAUGUUUCUUCUUUCCAUAACGGCAUCGUCACAGAGUACUUGGCCGGCACGUCCAAGAAUCCUCUUGUCGCUUCAAAGAACGCCACCUUCCACUCUGAUAAGCGAAUCUUCGAUAAUGACAAGGCUACUAUGAAGAAGCUCUCCACCAAGGCUGGUUUCAACAGCAUGUGUGCUGACAUCCUCACCCGCAUGAUCGAUACCGUGCCCAAGAGCGUGCAGCUCACUCCCGUCCUCGAGGCUUACGAUAUCCGCCCUUACAUCACCGAGCUGUCUCUUAACAACAAAAACAAGAUACAUUUCACGGGCUCGGUUCGAGUCAGAAUCACAAACAACAUUCGUGAUAACAAUGACCUUGCUAUCAACCUCAUAUACGUUGGCCGAGACGGCAAGAAGGUCACUGUGCCUACACAGCAGGUGACCUUCCAGGGCGGUACAUCUUCCGGUGCUGGAGAAGUCUUUGCCAACUUCGAGUUCGACACCACCAUGGACGCUAAGAACGGUAUCACGAAGUUCUUCAUCCAGGAGGUCAAGCCCUCCACCAAGGCGACCGUCACCCACGACAACCAGAAGACCGGCGGCUACAAGGUCGAUGAUACCGUCCUUUACCAGCUUCAGCAAUCCUGUGCCGUGCUUGAGAAGCUUCCCAACGCUCCUCUCGUCGUUACAGCCAUGGUUCGAGAUGCCCGCGCCAAGGACGCUCUGACCCUUCGCGUCGCUCACAAGAAACCCGUCAAGGGUUCUAUCGUCCCCAGAUUCCAGACGGCGAUCACCAACUUCAAGGCUACUGGCAAGAAGUCCAGCGGCUACACUGGCUUCCAGGCGAAGACCAUGUUUGAGGAGCAGAGCACUUACUUUGACAUUGUCUUGGGUGGAAGUCCCGCUUCAGGUGUCCAGUUCCUUACUUCUCAGGCUAUGCCUUCUCAGUGUUCAUAAGAGUAUCAUUUUGUAAUAUUUAGAUUUAGACUUGUAUUUGGGAUUAGCAGAGCGUAAUGAGAUUUCUAUUAUCCUUUGACUGA